AUGGAUCAUAGGACAUAUGACAUACUCUUUAGUGGUUAUGGAUGGCCAUGGAAAAAUUCUAGAGGAGUGACUCAGCUAUUGGGGGCACGAAACCCGUGGCGAAGAAUCUCACUACUUCACUCGGAGCUGGAGGCCCUUUCAUGGGUGAUGGAGUGCAUGCUUCAGAUAUUGACGUGUCAGGCUUUUGGCACCAAUUGCAAAGAUCUAAUCUCGAUGAUUGAAGGCCCCAGAGCAUGGCCUAACAUUUCCAUAGAGUUAAAGGAGCUGAUUGAGCUGAAGAAUUCGUGCCGCUUUCAAAUCCCACCUCGACCAUCUUGUUUACUCGACAGAAUCGCUUUCUCAAAAUCCAUCGUUGAGUCGAGCCUCAAAAACCUAAUUUACCAUCCGGGUUGAACCCGGAACCGUGUUGUCAGCCGCAGUUCGAGCCCUAAUCACGAGUGGGAUAACAUGUGGGGGGGGGGGGGGUUUACAGCGGAGCAUCUUGGUGAUUUGGAGGCUUUAUACAGCUUCUCUGUUACAAAGCUUGUUGUUGGUCACUGUUAUGGUGAUUCUGAUGUUGUGUCGAAUAUUGUGAAUAACCUGUUAUUGUAUUUGAAUGGUAGUGAGGAUCAGUCUGAAUUGUUGCAACAAGUUAAGCAUAGUUUGAGUAAAGGUGAUGCAAUGAUGUGUUUGUUGAUGAGUGAGCUUCAUGUUGGUAGGGCGAGUUAUGGAUCUUCCAACUUCGAGGAAUAAGGCUAGGAAGCUAACAAUGUAGACGGAGUUGGUAGUAUAGAUCUUUCUGGUUUCAUGGCACCAGCGUUGUGUAGAAGAUUCCACGGAUGUUGGGAUUUUGGGAAUGGUGGAGCAUGACCUGGGUUUUCUGGUAAAAGGGUCUUUGUGAACAUUGUUGAGUUGAAAUUGCGGAGAAGGUUUAAUCUUUCGCCGUCCAUGAAGUCUUUGCUAAUUGCAGCUUUUGCAGCUUGGUUUCGGAAGCAGAUUGUGUCUGAAACCGGUGGUGAUAGCGUAAGUGUGGAGACUUGUGAGCAGCCACGUAUCUCAGGUAGGAGAGAAGAGAGUGUUAGCUCGGUGCUGGAGAAGUUUCGCGACCUGAACCUUGAUGAUACUAUGGAAUCAGUGGGUGGGGAUGAUAAGGAUGGUCUUAUAGUCACACUGGUUCAGCAGGUCAAGGAUCUUGAGAAGAAGUUAAAGGAAAGGAAAGAUUGGGCUCAGAAGAAGGCAAUGCAAGUUUCCCAAAAGGUCAGCGAUGAACUGCUGUUGUCAAAGGGGAAACUAGAUGUUGAUGAACUAACCGUGAAAAACUAUCCGAGAUGGAAAAUACUCUUAUAAAAGCUACUUGUCAGUAUGACGCAUACAAAUGUGAUUGUAAGAACGCUUGAGAAUCAAAAUGCAGUCCGAGCAAAUAGGAAAGGUCUCAAAUUGAGUGCAUCAGUAUCGGAAGAAUCAAAGAAGGAGAAGAAAUGUUUAAAGAAGCUGUUGGCGUGGGAGAAGCAGAAGUUGAAGUUGCAGGAUGAGAUUAUAGCUGAGAAGGAAAAAACUAAGGCUCUUUAUAAUGCUUUAGCUCAGAUCACACAGGAUGAAAAGUAAAUUGAGGAGAAAAGGGGGUAGAAACAUAAAGAAAAGGAGCAAGCUCUGGCUCAAUUGGAGGAAGAACAAGGCUCAAAAGAAGAAGCUGAGGCACACAACAAGAGAAAACUAGAAACUCUCCUUAAAAUCGAACUAGACUUCCAACAACACAAAGACGAUCACCAAAGGCUUGAGCAAGAGCUCUGUCGGCUCAAAGCCUCUUCAGAUACUGAAUCAAGCCACUUACCCAACAAUGUUUAGAAACCCGAGAAAGGAGAGAACAUCACUAAGCUGCUUGAAGCAAGUAAGCUUGAAGGUUCUUAUGAGAGUGAAGCAAACAAUGACCGAGAAUGCAUAAUCUGUAUGAAAGAUGAAGUCUCUGUGGUGUUUCUUCCGUGUGCGCAUCAAGUCGUGUGUGGUAGUUGCAGCGAUAGUUUCUUCUCGGGCAAUAACAAUGGUGGAAACAAAGUCACUUGUCCAUGCUGCAGAAGUUUGGUUCAGCAGCGAAUCCAUAUAUUUGGAGCAACCUCGUGAAAAAAAGAAAACGAGUUAACUUCUCUUUUUGGUUUUAAAGAGAUCAUCAGAACUUCAGGUUUUACUUUAGAAGUACAAAAAAAAGUAAAUGCUUAGCAUCUUGCUCAAAGCCUUUUAGACUUGAGUUUAUCUUUAUUGUACACACAAUUGCAAUUGUGAUGGAAACUUCCUUAAACUAAUCUUGAUAAAGAUUUAUCUUUAUUUAUGCAAU